GUCAGAGGUCAUAAAUACUGCAGUGGCGGUUCAGCGCUGACGAGUUUUUAAAUUGAUCUUGCGACGCGGCGGUUCGGUUUUAUCUUUGCUACAGCAGCAUGUCCUCGGAUUCGGGCUACGGGCAGCCGGGAGCUCAACAAAGCUAUGGAGCCUAUCCCGCACCCCAAGGCUAUCAGCAUGGUGGUCAGGCAUAUGGUCAAGGUAAUGGAAGCGGCUCUUAUGCGGGACAGAAUUAUGAGGGUUAUGGUCAGUCAGAGGGUUAUGCACAGCCGUCACAGGGUUACUCCACUGCUGCCUAUGGGCAGCCGCAGCCGCAACAGCAGGCGUAUGAUAGUUACGGGCAGCCAGCCUCCACUGCAACAUCAGGGUACGGUGACAAAUCCUACGGGCAGCAGGCAUCUUACGCACAGCAGCCUGAAGGAGGUUUUGGCCAGUCUGUAGCCUCCUAUGGGGGUGGUGCUAAGGGUGGUUAUGGAAGACAGAACGAUGGUAACAGCAGGAUGUAUGGUGGAGAUGAAGGGGGGAGACAGGGGAUGGACUUCAGAGGCCGGGGACGUGGAGGCUACGAGCGUGGAGGCUACGACCUGGGUGGAAGAGGAGGAGGAGGAACCGCACUGGGUGGUGGUGACCGUGGUGGCUACAAAAAUUACGGUGGGCCCAGAGACUAUGGUCAAAGGGACGACUCUGGUGAAGAACAGGACAACUCCGACAACAACACAAUCUUUGUCCAAGGCCUUGGAGAAGAAGUCACAACCCAGGAAGUCGGCGACUACUUCAAACAGAUAGGAAUCAUUAAGGUGAAUAAGAAGACUGGCAAACCCAUGAUCAACCUGUACACUGACAAAGCCACUGGGAGACUGAAGGGUGAAGCCACAGUCUCAUUUGACGACCCUCCGUCUGCCAAAGCUGCUAUCGACUGGUUUGAUGGCAAGGAGUUCAAUGGCAAACCGAUUAAGGUAUCGUUUGCCACCCGACGAGCGGAGUUCACACAGAGGGGAGGGGGCAGAGGUCGUGGAGGCUUCAGGGGUAGAGGAGGCUACGGUGGUGGUGGUCCAAAUUUUGAUGUCAAAGGGGGAGACUGGCUUUGUCCCAACAGUUCUUGCGGCAACAUGAACUUUGCGCGAAGAUAUGAAUGCAACAAAUGUGGGGCGCCAAAACCAGGAGACAGUUUUGGAGAUCGCGGCGGCAGGGGAGGAUUCGGUGGUGACCGGGGUGGUUUCCGUGGUGGUAGAGGUGGCUUUCGAGGAGGCGAUCGUGGGGGCUACGGAGGUGGCGGCGGGUAUGGCGGUGGAUACAAGAUGGGGGGCAGAGGGGAGCACAGAGAGGAGAGGAGAGACCGACCUUAUUAAAGGAUUCAAGUGGACAGCAGUCCAGCCCAGGAAACUUGGGAGGAGGGG